GUAUUGACAGCGCAUCAAGGAAAAAAACCACAAGGAGAUGACGGCCCAGCCUGUGUAUAAAUAACGUGUAACCAUGAGGGCGCCUACAUGAAUAUUAGGUUUUGAUACAUGACCACUCACAGCAAUAAAACAAUAUCAACAGUGCGGUAUGAGUGCGUGGUCGGCGAGCACUGUUGCCUGUUCGGGGCCAUGGACGAAAGGCAGCCGCGGCAGCCCCCAGUGUGCACAUGUAAUGAUGUGAUAAUUGUAUGAAGCUUCAAUGGCGAAACGGGCGUCGUGGUGGGAUGACCGCAAGUCGGCAGCGAGACUUCCUUCUCUAGCGCCAGCACUACUCGUCUUCGCCCUGGUAGUAUCAUGCUCGCCAGUGCAAGCGCAAUCCCCUCCGACCUGCUGGACAUACAAAACGGGAACCGAUUCGGGGCCUGGCGACACCUUUGCCAGUGCGCUGGAGGUGGCUGCAGGCCGGGUGUUUUGGACCAACACCGCGCGGCAGGUUCGGGCGAUUGACGCGUCAUCGGGCAAGGGCGUGCAGUGGACCUUCGCCGCACAGCCGCUCAACGCCACCGGCGUCACGCUGCCGCCGCCGCCGUACAGCGUCCUGUCUCCGGCGCCGGGCACGGUGGCGGCCGCCGGCACCCCCACGGGCGUGUCGCUGAUGGGGCCGCCGCGACACGUGGACGGGUUGCUGGUGCUGGGCGUGAGCUACGAGGGCGUGUACGCCUUGAACGCCUCCACGGGUCAGCCGGUGUGGCGAUUCACACAGUUGUCGGUCGCCUCCAACCAGAGGGACAAGUGGAUUUUCGGGGGGUGGCCCGCCGUGGACGGACGCGGCACCCUGUUCGUGGGCGCCGGGGACUUUGGCGUGUACGGCAUCGACGUGUCCAGCGGCCGGGGGCUGUGGAUGUGCCGCAGCAGCACCUCGGUCCUGACGGGUGUGCUGUUGUGGCAGGGCUACCUGUACGCCACCUUCUCCGACCAGGUGGCUGUGGUGGCGCUGCCACCCGACACAGCCGGCCUCACGCCAGUGCCCAACGGCACCGCCCUGCCGCAGCGCAGCUUCAGCCACCAGGUCCCCCGCUUUGCUGACCGCACAGUGCUGGGGCCGGCGGGGCUGGUGCUGGGGCCGUGGCCGCCCGCCAAGGCGGAGGCGGUGCCGCUGCCGGACGGCAGUGUGGCGGACCUGCUGUUCUUCGGCAACGAGGCCGGGACCGUGUACGGCAUACGCGCCGCCAACGCCAGCGGCAAAAUGCAGCCGGUGUGGGGAGCCAACCAGGGCGGCGGCCGCGUGCGGGGCGUGGUGUACUGGGAUGGACACAUCUUCUUCCAGGACGCCAGUUUCAAGCUCUACUCGCUCAACGCCUCCAACGGCUCCCUCAUCUGGAUCUACGCGGCAGCCGUACCCGGCGCCGCCGCCGCGCCGCCGCCGCCCGCCGCCGCCGUUCUGCCUGGCGGCGGCUCAUCGCUGCUGGCCGGUGGCGGCGGCGCCGUAUACAACCCGGGCAUGCCGCCCGUGGUCACGGCGGCGGGAAGUGUGAUCGUGAGUGUGGGCAGCGCCGUGUACUCCCUGCAGUACGACACGGGCAUGCUGUUGUGGAGCUACCGCUCUGCGGGUGUGGUGACCACGGGUCUGCGGUGGGCCCUGGGGCGUGUGUACUGGGGCGACUCCACCGGCCGCCUGUACUCCGUGAGGGACUCUCUCGCCACCGGCUGCGACGUGCAGGACUGGUACUCCCGGCCGCCGCCGCCGCCCACACCCCCGGACCCACCCAGCCAGCCGCCACUCCCACCCGCGCCCAUGACGCCACACGCGCCCAACCCCCCACCCGCCUACCCGCCCAGCCCCAACCCGCCCAGCCCCGAGCCACCCGCCUACCCACCCAGCCCCAACCCGCCAAACCCCCCGCGGCCGCCACGGCCGCCGCCACGGCCCGUGGCAGUAGCACCCCAUGCCGCGCCGCCGCCCGCCGCCGCGCCGCCACUUCCACCUCCUGCUGGAUCCGGGCUGCAGGCAGAUGGCGGCAACCCUGGAUCCGGAUCCGAACCAGGCGUGGAUCCACAGGAUCGCGACCUGUACGAACGGGACGGUUACCAGCCGUCGUACGACAGCCGCCUCCAACGGUCCGCAACCUCCACUGGCGCCGGGACGGCGGGCGCCUCCGCCCAACCACCAUCUCCCCAACCGUCAUCACAGCAGCAUUCACCAUCAUCGCAACCGCCGCCGCCGCAGCCGUACAUUGCCGUACCGGGUUGGGACGUGCUGGGGUCGGGUACGGCGCUGCAGGGGUGGUUGGGCCAACUGCUGCCGAACACGACACGCUACAGCUUGUGGCUCCGCAUGCGUGUCAUUGCGGCCGCCGAGGACGGCUCAAACGCAGAUGCGGCUCUUGCAGCACUGGCGCGCCCUGCGCCCUCCUUCCGCUGGAGCACCGCCGCCGCCGCUGCCAGUGGCGGCGCCGCCGGGGCCGGCGCUGGUAAUAGUAGCAGCAGCAGUAGCCGUAGUAGCAACAGCAGCAGUAGCAGUGAUGGUGGCGGUGGCAGUAGCAGCAGCAGCGCCAGCCGCACCACCCCGUCCACGUCGCCGCCGCGAGCCGUGCCGUACCCGCCGGCCUCGGACGCGCACCCGCUGCUACUGCCGCUGCGGCAGGCUGUAGCAUUGGCCACCAGCCGUCACCUCGACAACGUGUGGGCAUGGGUGGAGCUACAGCCGCCGCCGCCGCCGCAGCCUGCGGCUGCGCCCUCCUCAUCCGGCAGUAGCAAUAAUGCCAGCAACAACGGCAGUAGCACUGUUGAUGGCAGUAGCAAUGGCAGUAGCAGUGGCAGUAGCAAUGGCAGUAGCAUACAAGCGGACGAGGAGCUGGUAUACGUGGCACGGCGCUGGCCAGCUGCCCGCAGCCCCUGUGACGUGGAGAACCGCCUGGGCUGCGGCGGCAGCGACACCUACAGCUACCGCCAGCGGCGCCCGCCGGCCGGGGCGGCGGCGGCGGCGCUGGCGGGCCGGGGAGCCGUCGUGUCCCUCCGCGUGGAGGGCUUUCUCACACUGGAUGCGGCGGCGGCGGCGGCGGACUCUGUCCAGGACCAUGUGGGGCGCGGCACGAUCAAUGCGUUGCUGUUCGCCCUGCCGUGGGUGCUGGACGGCACACCCCUGUACCCGCCGCCCCCGCCCCCAACCCCGACCCCGACCCCAGGAGGAGGGGCAGGAGCAGGGGCUGCAGCUGGGACGGGUGCGGAAGCCGAGUACGGGCAGCAGCAGCAGCAGCAGCAGGCUGUAGCUGACUGGCUGACGCUGGCGCUGCUGCGUGCCGCUGCUGCUGGGGGCGCGGGCGGUGGACGUGGCAGUAGCAGCGGCAGUGGUAGUGGCCGUGGAAUUGCCUGGCCGCUGUUUGACAUCACCGUCACACCCAACCGCAGCAGCAGCAGCAGCAGCAGCAGCGGUGGUGGUAACAGCGGCAGUAGCAGCAGCAGUAGCAGUAGCAGUAGCAGCAGUAGCACCAGCCGCGUGCCGCAGCGGCGCUUCGCUUGGGGCGAGGGCAGCCCUCGUCGCAACGACAGCAGCAGCAGUAGCAACAGCAGCAGUAGCAGCGGCUGUAGCAGCGGCAGUGGCAGUAGCGGCUGGCCUCGCCCCAGCGUGGCCUUCCCCUACUACAACGAGCCCGUGCUGGCGGUGUUGUGGAGUCGGGCGGUGGUGCGCGAUGAUGUAGCGGAGGCGGCGCCGCCGGGCAGUGCCGUACUGGGGGUGCUGGUGGCGGCGGCACGGCACGUGGAGGCAGCCAUGGAUCCCUUCGGGCAGCGCUGGAAGACCGGCAGUAGCAGCAGUGGCAGCAGCAGCAGCAGCAGUAGCAAUGGUAGCGACAGUGGCAGCACUGUCGGCGGAGGCGGUGGAGGCGUGAAUGGCAGUAGCAGCAGCAACGGUGGCGGUGGAGGCGUGAAUGGCAGUAGCAGCAGCAAAGGUGGCGGCGGCGGCGUGAACGGCAGUAGCUACAGGAAUGUGUUUGCGGAGGAGGCGGCGGCGCGGGGGCAGAUCAGCGGUUCGACCCAGACCGCGAUCAUCUUGGUGGGCACCUAUCUAUGGGGCGUGUGCGGCGCCGCGAUGAUUGGUCUGGUAGCGCAUGUCUGGUACGAACGGCGCGCAGACGCAAAGGCGGCGGCGGCGGCGGCGGCGGCCGAGGCCGCCGCGGUGGCGGCGGCGGCCGACCACGAGGAAGCACGCGCGCGCCGCCGCCGCCGCCGCCACCUUGCGGCCGCGGCGGCAGCGGCGGCGGCGCUGGCUCCCGCUGGCGACGGCAGCGAUGACCAUCCGGGGGAGGGCGACCCACAACCCCACGAGUACUCACACGCGCAACCACAUGGUGGUGACACCGACUUGUCGAAAGAGGGCGGCGAGGGUGAUGUUGAGGAAGAGGAAGAGGAGGGCGGGGCGGGCGAGAUUCGACCGCUGCGGCCGCGGUCGGUGCUGAUCGAUGGCAGAAGCAUGAGUGGCGGCGGCCGCAGCGGCCGCAGUGCCGGCAGUAGCCAGCAGCGGCGCUCCGGCAUGAUGGCGGCGCACGCAUCGGCAGUAGCAGUGGUGGGUACUGCUACUGCCGGCGGCGGCAGGGGCAGUAGCAGGGGCAGGGGCAGCGGCAGUAGCAUCUUGGCUGGGGCUAGGCCAGGCUUGCCGAUGGCUGCUGCUGCCGCCUCUGCGCGUGGCAGCACGGAGAGCAUGGGCGGCGAUGCUACUGCUACUGCCGCUACUGCCGCUACUGCCGCUGCUGCAACUGCAGCCGCGGCGGCUGCAGCUGCUGCAGCUGCUGCAGCCGCGGCGUCCAGCCUGUCUGCGCACAGGAGCCAGCGGCGGGUCGCGGCGGCGAUGGCGGCGGCGGGCGUGGUGAUGCACACCAACGUGCUCGCAGGCCCCGACACGGAGCAGCGCCCCGGACACGGACAGGGACAGAGCCAGCCGGGUCGCUCAGUGCCUGGGGUGGCGGCGGCGGCCGCAGGGGCUGCUGCUGCUGCGGCGGCGGCGGCCCCGGCGGCGGCGGCGGCGGCGGCAGGUGCGGUGCAUGAGGCCGGCUGUGUGGGGGACGCAUCGGCAGCAGCAGUAGUAGCGGCAGUAGCGUGCGGAGGCGGAGGCGAGAUAAGCCCCGUGACGCAGGAGGCGCCCGCAGCAGACACGGCCGCUGCAGCCACGGGCCUGCAGCAGCUGCGGAGGAGUGGUGGGGGCCGCGCCGCCGCCAGUGAGCCGCACCCCGCCGCCGCCGCCGUGCACACACACGGCGGGCAGGGGCAGGGGCAGGGGCAGGGGCAGGGGCAGGGGCAGGGGCAGGGGCAGGGGCAGGGGCAGGGGCAGGGGCAGGGGCAGGGGCAGGGGCAGUCUCAAGUGAGGGGCUCCUCACAGCAGCAGCAGCACCCGCAUCAACACCCAUCAAAGCUGCUGCCCAAACAGCAACAGCAACAGCAACACAAGCAGCAGCAGCAGCAGCAGCAACAGCCGCAGCAGCAGCGUCGCAGACUGGCGGCGGCGCCUCAACCCCAGGCUCUGUCGCAGCCGCCCUUUCAUGAUCAGCCCCCGUGGGAAGCAGCCGCAGCAGCCGCAGCGGCCGGUACGUUUGGCGACGCUGCUGCUGACGGGGUAGCGGCCGUGGGGGCGGCGCCGUUCUUGUCGUUGGGUGCAGGAAUGAAGAGCAUGAAGGCCCACGCCUCCUCAACGUCCACGUCGCCCGCGGCAUCCGCGAAGCCCAAUGCUAGUAGCAGCAGCAGCAGCAAUGCGCAAGCGGCAAUGGCGGCAGUUACAAUGCCAGCAGGAGUGGCAACAGCAGGACCAGGAGCAACAGCUAUAGCCGCAACAACCGCAGGGGCUGCAACAACCGCUGGGGCCGCUAGCAGCAGUGCUCGUGCGGUAGAAGUGCGUGGUACGGUGGCAGCAGCAGCAGCAGCAACAGCGGCAACAGCGGCAGGAGCAGCAGCAGUGGCCACCCGCCGCGGGCUGCGCGUAUCAAUUCCAUCGCCACAGCCGUCGGGCCCGACUCCGAGCAGCAGCGGGGCCAGCGGCAGCUCAAUUGUGGGUAGCGGCAGAGCACAUGCGUCUUUGGCGGCGGCUGUAGCUGCUGCGGCGCCGCAGACUGCUGCACCUGCAACCGCUACAGCCGUUGCUCCAGCAGCCGCCACAGCCGCUGCAGCCGCCAGUGUCCCCUCCGCCGCCGGACCACAGGCCGUUAGCGCCCUGCGGGCGUCUGUGCCGACGGCGGCAGCGGCUGCGUCCGUGACAGCAGCAGGAGCACCGGCAGUAGCAGCCAGCACUGGCCGCACGCCACGGCCCUUGCGGCCGCUGCAACGCGGCGCGUCUGCGGGCUCCGCCGUGAGGUCCCCAGUGGCGGCGGCGUCGCCGGCGGCACUGGUGCCCGCAGAGGCUACAGCCUCCCCGCGCGCCGCCUGUGCAGCGCCGCCUCCGGCAGUAGCCGCAGUGGCAGUAGCCGGCGACGGCGGCGGCGGAGGCGGCGGCGGCGUCAGCUUCCGGCAGAAGCUGGAGGGCGCGUUUGCUACAGCCAUGCAGCAGCUGCAGCAGCAGCGCGCCGCCGCCAUAGCCGCCGCCGGCGGCGGCAGCCUUUCUCCGGUUGCGGUGGCUGCGACGACUGGAGGUGCUACUGCUGCUGCCUUGCCCGUGGCGGCGGCUGUGGCGGCGCCCAACAGCAGCGAUGCUACUGCUGCUGCUGCCGCCGCGGGCAAGGCCUCCGGUCUGCGGUCGUAUCAGUCCGCUCCGCCACCGCCGACGGGCGGGUUGGCAGUAGCACCAGCAGCGGCAGUAACAACAGCAGUAGCACCAGCAUCCGCAGCAGGUGGCGGGGUGGCUCUGUCACCUGCGGCGGCAGCGGCGGUGGAUGGCGUGCGCGUGGCGGCACGCGUACCGGCGGCGGCGGCGGCUGCAGCGGUGGCAGCGGCAAGGCAGGAGCUGAGUCCGGCCAAGCUGCAUGAGGAGGAGGGUCCGGGCGGUGGGGAGCUGGUGGCAGCGGCAGCAGCGGAGGGGGCGGGAAUGCUGCCGGCGGCGGCAGCGGCGGCGACAGGGACGGCAGCGGGUGCCAGGCACGAUCGCGUGCGGAGGUAGCUAGCGCGCUGCCGGUAGGUGUCGGCGGCUUGAGUGGUGAGCUAGCUGCGUCAUGAAUCGCGACUGGACGCACCGGAAACCUGUUGCAUUGGAAGGGCUGCUGUCACUGUUAUGCUGCUGCACGUUGUGGGACGUUUGGGCGUGUAGAGCGAUGGAUGCAUCCGCGGGUCACUCAGCGACUACUGGAGGCGCGUUUUUUUGGCAAGUGUGCACAACCGGGCUUUGUGACCCAAAGUUUA